CCCUGCCUAGUCCUUAGAGAUAUAAACUGCAAGUGGCAAGAGAAACAGAGCACAUAACGGUUUGAAGGGAUAAGGGCAACAUUAACCUUAGAAUAAAGGCAGAUCCUUUUAAUUGUCGGCAGCUGUUUGUUCUUUAUUCCGUCCAUGCAGAUGAUUUCCUCAGGAUGUGUUUGUUUGGUUCACCUGACCUGCACUGUGCUUGUGUUUAUCUCUCCGGUUCUUUUGGCUCCGAUGCCGGACCAGUACUCCCGGGGUGUGGACUGGUUGAGCAGGUAUGGGUACCUGCCCCCUCCGGACCCCCGCACAGGGCAGCUGCAAACCAAAGAGGGCAUUGAGAAGGCCAUCAAAGAAAUGCAGAGAUUCGCUGGCCUCAAAGACACGGGCAGACUCGACAGUGCCACCCUGAAACUGAUGAGCACACCACGAUGUUCAUUGCCGGACAUUAUAGGGUUCGGGGACUUGCUGAAAAAGCGAAGGAGGAAAAGAAGAUAUGCCACUGUUGGACUCCGCUGGAAAAAGUCUGACCUCACAUGGAGCAUCCAGAAUUACCCAUCUCUCCUUCCAUCCCUUAAACCCAAUGCUGUACACUAUAUAAUGACCCAUGCCUUUAAAGCCUGGAGUGAUGUCACCAACCUCAAGUUUCAACAAGCUGCUUCCCCAAGCGAGCAGAACACAGCCGAUAUUAAGAUCUCUUUCGCCCGCUCGCUCCACGAUGACGGAUAUCCAUUUGAUGGGAAGGGAGGGACACUUGCUCAUGCCUUCUUCCCAGGGGAGUAUGAUCUUGCUGGAGAUACACAUUUUGAUGAUGAGGAGAGCUGGACCUACGCAGAUGACAGCGGCACUGAUAUGUUCUCGGUGGCUGUGCAUGAAUUUGGUCAUGCCCUCGGUCUCUCUCAUUCCUCCUCUUCUCCUUCCAUCAUGCGGCCGUAUUACCAGGGUGCUGUUGGAGCUGAUAUCGCAUCUUACACUCUUCCAGCUGACGAUCGCUAUGCCAUUCAGUCAAUCUACGGAAUGAAGAGAGGCUCACCAACACCAUCACCAAAUAAACCUACACCACACUUACCCAAACCACCAAAUCCACCCCAUCCCAAAGUACCAUUACAACCGGAUCCAACAGCCCAGAAUCGUUGUGAGGGAGGUUUCGAUGCGGUGGCAAACAUCAGAGGAGAUGUUUUCUUUUUUAAAGGUCCAUAUUUCUGGCGAAUCCAGCGGUCUGGAUCUCUCGUGUCCUUUCAGCCUGCUCUCAUAAAAAACUUCUGGAUCGGUCUUCCUCCUGGCACUGACAAGAUAGAUGCAGUUUAUGAAAGAAAGGCGGACAGCAAAAUCGUCUUCUUCAUAGGCUCACAGUACUGGGUAUUUAAAGACACCAUGGCGAUUUCUGGUUAUCCACGUCCGUUGUCAGACUGGGGGCUGAUCUCUCAUGAUGGAAAGGAUGUGAAGAGGGUGGAGGCGGCCUUCACUUGGGCUCAUAAUGGAAAAACCUACAUCUUCAGCGGUGGAGAGUUCUGGAGGUUCAAUGAAGGCUCAGGGACUGAGAACCGUCGUCCAGACGCAGAUUAUCCCAGAGACUCCUCCCUCUGGAAGGGUGUGCCCAUUAACCCUGAUGACAUCAUCACCUGGGGAGAGGGAGAUACCUAUUUCUUCAAGAACAACUCGUACUGGGUGCUGAAGAGCGGAGAGUUGGACCAAGACAGUGUCAGUCUCGGAUCGACCGCAGUUGAUUGGAUGAAGUGUCCAGAGCCAACUCCAACCAAACCUCCAGACAACCCACGGCAAAAAGGAGACUGUUACUGUGGCAUCAACGGAGCCGUACAGAUGAGUGCUUCAUCGUGGUUACUGUCAGCCAUAGUCCUGCUUUAUCCAGGUGUCUUUGUAUAGGCCUCGACUCGCAAUAACUCAUCAGCCUUAUUUUACAUGGACUGUCUCAAAGCACUUAAAGUGAUAUCAAAUAUCCAAAUAUUACUUAAAGGGAUAGUUCACUUUGAAAUUAAUUUUUG